AUGGCCGGGAAGCUCCGGUUCAUGGAUUUCCUAGACGAGGAGCAGAGAAGAACCAUAACCAUGAAGAGUUCCUCGAUAGCUCUGAAAUUCCGUUAUUGUUCGAUUUACCUAAUCGAUUCCCCGGGACGCAUGGACUUCUGCAAUGAGGUUUCCACCGCAACUAGGUUGAGCGAUGGCGCGUUGGUUUUGGUGGAUGCGGUGGAAGGUCUUCAUAUCCAGAUUCAUGCUGUUCUCCGCCAAGCUUGGAUUGAGAAGCUAACUCCCUGCCCGGUGCUUAAUAAGCUGGAUAGGUUGAUUAGUGAGCUAGAGUUGACUCGCAUGGAAGCUUAUACAAGGUUGUUGAGGAUAGUUCAUGAGGUUAAUGGGAUUAUGAGUGGAUACAAGUAUGAGAAGUAUUUGUCUGAUGUUGAUUCGAGGCUUGCUAGUCAGUUUGGUGAAGUGGGAGAUGAGAAUCUCGAGUUUGUGGAAGAUGAUGAGGAGGAUACGUUCCAGCCUCAGAAGGGCAAUGUGGCUUUCGUUUGUGCUUUAGAUGGAUGGAGAUUUCGUAGCCUGUGCACUUAA